AUGGCAUUGAUGGCGCGGGAUAUAGAGACACUAGUUGAUAAAGAUGCCGUCAAAGUGGCCGUGCGUGUCCGACCACUAAGCUCUAAUGAGUUAUUACAAGGAUCAGAAGUGUGCGUCGAUGUGCUGGACGACAGUGUCGUGCUAGCCGAGAAGCAGUUUGACUUUGAUGCAGCGUUUCCAGCAGCGACACAACAGGAAAUUGUCUUCGAAAAGUUAGUGUCACCAAUGAUUGAUCAAUACUUUGCUGGGUACAAUUCGACUGUGUUCGCCUACGGACAGACGGGAUCCGGAAAGACAUACACAAUGGGCAACGAGUUUGCUUCAAGUGUUACGUCAAGUGACCGUGGCAUCAUUUUGCGCGUGAUCGAGAAUAUUUUCCAGCGGAUAAACUUGAUGGCGAUUUCGCAGCAUACUAUUAUCAAGAUGUCGUAUUUGGAGAUUCUCAAUGAAGAAAUUCGAGACCUGCUAUCGCACUCUUCCUCUGAUGCGCUGCCGACCAGCUCCGGACUGUCCGUACGUGGUGAUGGUAAUCGUGGCAUUAUCGUCAAUGGACUCAGUGAACACAUUAUAAAUUCGAUCGAUAAUGCGAAGUUGUUGUUACGUUCGGGAACAUCGCUUCGCGCUACAGCUUCAACAAACAUGAAUUGUCAAUCUAGUCGCUCGCACGCAAUCUGCACAGUUACCAUGGAGCGUCGUGACGACACAGAAAUUCGAAUUUCAAAAUUUCACUUGGUGGAUCUAGCCGGCUCUGAACGAAUUCGACGAACCAAAUCAGAAGGUGCACGUUUUAAAGAGGGUGUAAACAUAAAUCGUGGGUUACUUGCACUCGGUAAUGUAAUUAAUGCGCUGUGUGAACGCAGUCGUACAAAUUUGCCGUCAGUACAUAUUCCUUACCGGGACUCAAAGCUAACGCGUCUGCUUCAAGAUAGUCUUGGUGGUAAUAGUAAGACGCUUAUGAUUGCGUGUAUCAGUCCCGCUGACGUAAAUUAUGAGGAGACGUCAAACACACUGCGAUAUGCGUCGCGAACACGUAAUAUUGAAAACAAAGCUGUCAUUAAUAAGGAGCUGAGUGUCGAAAAUGAGGUGGCGUACUUGAAACAACAGCUCGAGAUCGUUCAUCUGCAGCUUCUUCAGCAGUCACAAAAAUGUGGUGCAGACAACGUAGCUCAGAUCGAAGCGAUGCACUCAGGUUCAGACAUAAAAGCCUUGCAAGAGAAGAAUCGCAAGCUAAAAGAAGAACUUCGCCUAGCAAAUAAUAUCAAGGACAAGUGGAAAAAGAUUGCAGAUGGCCUGGUUGGAGAGGGCAUCACCGCGCAUGAAGAUUUGAGAACGCUCAAAGCGAGUCAAAUCUCACACUCUACCAUAAAGCCUAGAGUGGAGGCUGGCAUGCAGAAUGGAAGAGGCGACAGAGGUAGCCAAAGCAGUCGUUUGUCGAGGCUGCAGCAACUGAGGGAGUUUCAGAGGCAACGAUCCAUUGCCGCGAAGGAAAACAUUGCUGUGCAGCGAAGGGAUGGGUCGAUGGCGCCAAAGAAGGGUAAACACGCAGACAAUCUACCGUCACCGACGAUGGCAGACACUGACGGUGAAAAAGCAACCAACACUAUGCACUCGCUCUCUAACAGUCUAGUCCAAGAAUCUGACAUUCAGUCGAUAGAUAUGAAUGCAAAGCUUUUGCAGCAGGUGGUAGCGUCAUGCGAAGCAAUCUACGUUGCAAAAGAAGCAAUACGAGCAAACGUUGCCGACCGGAAAGCUUUGGCUGCGGAGAAAGCACGACUAGAGGCAUUUUCAUCCGCUGAAUAUGCAAAUCAGCUCGCUGAAUUGCAGAAAGACUUGUGUAUGAAAACGGAUAAUAUACGUAUUCUUCAGCAGAAGCUGGAAAGUAUCGACAAGAAAGUUACGCUGCCGUCUGGACUUUUUCCCGCAAAGGUUGACUCUUGUCACCACUUGAUUCGGCAUCUUGUCGAUAUGGUAAUUGAAUGCAAGGAAGAGUGCUGGACUCUUUCAAGCUGCCGCAUUGCUCAGGAUUCCGUGAUUAAAAAUUUGAUGGCCGAGCGACAAAGUCAAAGCAAGACAGUGUCGGAACUGGAGACCAGACUUAUGGAAACAGUCAAGUCGCUCGAGGUGUUGCAGCAGCAGAAAACAAUCAAAAAGCCAAGAAAGCGGAAACAACGGGAGUCUUAUGAAACGAUCGAGACGUUAUUUAGCAGUAGCGACGAAGAAGUGGACAACAAUGAAGCAGACCCAGACUAUGUGGAGAACGAGCGAACUUACAAUAGAUGCAACAAGAGGAGAGGCAGAAGCAUGACAGCAAUGAAGGAAUCGAAAAGUGCUGAUGCCAUAAAUGAAGCUGAUAAGAUGCGGUCGUCCGUUGUAGUCUCCUGCUACUCCUGUCACGGAAAAUGUGCAACCAAGGCAUGCGAUUGCAAGUCGCAAGGUCGUAUCUGUAGCGGAAGAUGCUCGUGCAACUCAAAAACGUGCCGAAAUCGUCAUAGUGAUUGCACUCGUAGCAAUAUCUCAGGAGCAAGUGAUGACCUUGCAAUCACCUCCUUCGUUCCAUCCACUCCUAAGAACCCAACAACUUCCGAAGCUAAUUAG